UUCACCUCCAUUCUGCAGGCGAGUUUGCUGUUGUCCUUGAUGAGACCCACCUCUGGUAAAGUAUCCAAUCGACUCUGUCAGAUGGAAAGCAGGAGGAGUCAGUUAGUCAACAAAUGCUUCUUGACAUAGUUUAACUUCAGCAGGAGGGGUUGCUGUUAAUCACUGAAGAUGAAGACUCAGAACAGUGUAGACCUCUGCUAUCCACAUCUCUACAAUAACUCCUGCAAAAAGCCUCUGUCUCUUUGGACUGAAGUUGUUCUUGUUCAGAUCAUACUGUCCUUAAUAUCUAUGAUCACUGUGGUUCUCAACUUGCUUGUAAUCAUCUCAGUUUCCCACUUCAGGCAACUCCACACACCCACUAACAUCCUCCUCCUCUCUUUGGCUGUGUCAGAUUUGCUUGUCGGUUUCUUAGCAAUGCCAGGGGAAAUCUACCGAAACACAAGCUGCUGGUUUCUUGGUGAUAAUAUUUGUUGUAUAUAUAAUUACUUGUGCUUUAUCAUCACUGCUGCCUCAAUAGGGGAUAUGGUGCUCAUAUCAAUUGAUCGUUAUGUGGCUAUUUGUGACCCCCUGCAUUAUCAAACUAGAGUCACUGAGAGACGAGUCAAAGUCUGUGUCUGUCUGUGUUGGCUCUGUUCGGCUCUCUAUGUAAUUUUAUUUAUAAAAGAUGAUCUGAUUCAGGCAGGAAUGAAUAACUCUUGCUAUGGAGAAUGUGUGACAGCUUUUGACAUCAUUGCAGGAACUUUUGAUCUUAUUCUUACUUUUAUUGCUCCAGUUACAAGCAUUAUAGUCCUGUACACGAGAAUAUUUGUGGUGGCUAUGUCUCAGGCUCGUGCCAUGCGCUCUCACAUUACAGCCAUCAAAUUACAGCUUUCAGUUACAACAACAGCAAAGAAAUCUGAGCUGAAAGCGGCCAGGACUCUUGGUGUUCUUGUGGUUGUGUUUCUAGUGAGUAUCUGCCCAUUUUAUUGUAUCUACCUCACAGGGGUUGAGUUGUUCAGUAGCUUCUCUGUGUUAGCAGUGGAUUAUCUGUUCUAUUUUAACUCUUGUGUAAACCCUGUGAUUUAUGCCCUGUUGUACCCUUGGUUUAGAAAAACUACUAAGCUUAUUGUUACACUACAAAUAUUGAAGCCUGGCUCCUGUAAAACCGUAAUACAGUAA